GACGUCUUUACGUCAUCAUGCUGGUAUAUUAUAUUUUCUGACUUGUCAGCAAACAGAAUAAUUUUCGGUGACGAUUGUGUUCCUUGAUUUGAUUUUUGUCGACGACAAAUUUUAGCAGCAACUAGUAGUAACUUAAAAUGUCAAAAACAAGAGCCGAGUGUUUAGCGAUACUWGGUCUACCACUGACGGCGACAGACGAUGAAAUCAAAAAAGCUUAUCGACAAAAAGCUCUGGAACUUCAUCCAGACAAGAACCAUCAUGACCCUAAUGCGACUGAACGUUUUCAAAGCUUGCAAGAAGCUUACCAAACUUUGGCAGACACAAAUGAAGACCUAGAAUAUGUUACUUUGGAAGAAAUUAUUUUGACGAUGUUCCUGGACAGGCUUUGGUUUAGACCUAGAUUUGUGUAUGAUGAUGGAAUUAGAUACAACGGACACAGUCGACAUUAUCAUGGACAAUCCUCCUCACCGACUUCACAUCGACACUACGACGACAAUGAAUUUCCGCUCAAACAAAGGAAGUUUCAGACCGGAAGUAAAACAACUGGAACUGCGAAUACAAGAUCCCCUGCUAMAGAACYAGAAGAAAGUGAGAAUGGAGAAGAAUGGUUAGAGGGAUUGAUACCCAACGCUACCAAUAAGCAAUAUGGAACCAAACAAAAACAAACCAGUAAAAAGAAAAAGGGAAAACACAGGAAACGACGUGCUACUCGAUGGAAGAACCUUAGACCRCCGUGCAGGACUGGGCAGGAACUCGUUUCAGAAACUGAAGACGUUAGUGAAACAAGUGAAGAAGAGAAUUGUGAUGAUGAAUGUGAAACAAAAUACCCAGUGACCAGUAAAGAACUCCAAGACAAGAGAAACAAUAAGGAAACUUUCACACCGGAUGCCGACCAUACAACGUAUGAUAAAUCAAUGUUUAAUAAGAAGGUUAACGGUUUCAAAAGUCAAGAGACAAAGUAUAAUACCAAUAAACCACUAAGAAUGAACUAUCAUACUGCCAGCAAUUGCGAAAAGACUUCUCCUGAACUGGAAGAUAAUACAAUGAAUCCAAAGAUUACAAACCAUAAGAURUCGACUGCUAUUUCUAGCAAUGAUAGUACUACUUUAGAGGCUGAAUCCACUAGCAAAGCUAAACGCAAAAAUCAAGCAGCUAUGACGUCAAGUCCAAAAAUCAAAGCCAAAGACCCAGUGCAGACAAAAUACCUAGAAGAUAAAUCUCAGGAAAAGGAAAUUUAUCACGACUGGCCCUCAUGCACAAAGCGGCCACUCAAUAAACGCCCACCAAAUGACAACAAAAGGAAAAAUAAAGCUCAACCAUCAUUUGGAAAACUAAUCAGCGAACAAGUAUCUCCUCCAAUUCGUCAAAUCCACAAAUCCAACGCUCCUCUAGGAAAUGCCAAAGUGCUCCCUCUUCGAGAGGGUUUUGCUAUUAAGAAUGAAACAAAUGUGCUAUGUAAAAAUGUGCGUACCAAAACCAAGACCGAACCUCACAGUGUAGAUAAAACAGAUUUUGCUGGACAAAAUAUCCAGGAACACAGCCUAACAAAAACAGCGUGUAAUGCAAAUGAUCAGCGAUACAUUUCAUCUGACGGCAAAUCUGAAACGAUCAAAGCCUCCUGUCCUCACACUGGUGGUAUGACUAAGUCACAUGAAGUAAAUGCUUGUAGCGGACAGAAUAACCCCCCAAACAAUGCAACGAACAAGACUUUUCCUCGAAUCCAUGAGGUUUGGGGACAAAAUGAAAGCAAAACUGUAUCUAAACACGAGUUCUUAGUGAAAAAGGAAUAUGACCAAUUCGUUGAUCGUCAUGUUGACCAUAUGUCAGUAGAAAGGCACAUGAGACUGAUAUCCCGAGCAAGAGGGAACUGGACGAGUUGGACGUAAGAGUUGUUAUUCAGUGUUUAACUUUGCAUCGGAUUGGUGGUUUAUAGUGACGGCACAGAGCAUGCGCAUUGAUGAUUUGAGCAUGCGUAUAUCUGUUGUUAAGUUAAUUAAUGCCGGUUGUUCUACUAGACAUUUUUUUUGGUAUUACUUGUCUUUUACCUGUGUUAUUUCGCCAAAUCACAAUCUUUGUUCUAAGACCGAAUUAAUUAGAUAGCACAACAUUUGCCCUUAACCAUCGCGUGUAACCUCAGUAAGUCAUCCUUGCAAAACGUGGCUCCAACUGUCGAAGGGCUCUUAAGCAUUUAAAUCUAUGGCAACUGCAAUGUCGUAAGGGUAACUGCACAGUUUGCAUGUUAUGGUUGAAGGCUCCUUCUAAUUCGGCCUUUAGCUGUUAGUGUAUUACUGCUCACACAAUGACAAUACUAAACGGUGAUGAUUGUAGUCA